CAGAAAACUUAUUUUUGACAGAUUUUCUGUUUUUGGGCUCCGCCUUUGGUCUCUUUCUCUUUUCUUUUGCUGCUCCCCUUGGACCUCUCUCUCUUCUCGCUUCGCUCGCUCUUUCUCUCUCUAGAAUCUCAGAGCUUGCCCGCUACCCUGUUUGACGAAGCUAAGUGAGUGGUGUUGAAGGCUUCCGGGGAGGAAGUGGGACAUGGCUGGGACUGCAAGUGGUGACUCCGGAGGUGGAAGAACUGCUGACGGGAUUUCUAGUGGGCAGCGCUGUCAAUCAGGGGAAGCCUUGGCUGAAUGGCGGUCUUCCGGGCAGGUGGAAAAUGGAACCCCAUCAACUUCACCCCCUUAUUGGGACACUGAUGAUGAUGACGACGGUGGGCUGAAACCUUCACAGUUAUAUGGAAAAUAUACAUGGAAGAUUGAGAAAUUUUCACAGAUCAACAAGAGAGAACUCCGUAGUAACGUAUUUGAGGUUGGCGGCUACAAAUGGUACAUUUUGAUAUAUCCCCAAGGCUGUGAUGUGUGUAAUCAUCUCUCUUUGUUUCUCUGUGUUGCCAACCAUGACAAACUUCUUCCAGGUUGGAGCCAUUUUGCCCAGUUUACUAUAGCUGUGGUGAAUAAAGAUCCAAAGAAAUCAAAAUACUCUGAUACGUUGCAUCGUUUUUGGAAGAAAGAGCAUGAUUGGGGCUGGAAAAAAUUUAUGGAGCUGUCAAAAGUGUCGGAUGGGUUCUUAGAUGCUGCUGACACUCUCAUUAUAAAGGCUCAAGUCCAAGUCAUCAGGGAGAAAACAGACCGGCCUUUUCGUUGCCUAGACUGUCAAUAUAGGAGAGAGCUUGUGAGAGUAUAUCUGACAAAUGUAGAGCAGAUCUGUCGGCGCUUUGUAGAAGAGAGACGGGGGAAGCUUGGUAGAUUAUUGGAGGACAAAAAUAGGUGGUCAAGGUAUUACCCUUCAUUGUUUGUAGUAUUAAUUUUUUUCUUGCACAGUGAAAACUAUUUGUUUCACUGACCAUGUGGCGUCCUAUUUCUGGGAGUAUGGUUAUUGCGUGGCUAUACUUUGAACAUUGCAGCUAUGGUUAUGUGGCCGCAGUUCGGUUAUAGCUAUGGAUAUAAAGUUGACAGAGUCCGGCUUUUGUGCUUUCUGGUUGGGGAUGGAUCAAACUUCUCGGCGCCGUAUGUCUAGGGAGAAGAUGGAUGUUAUUCUUAAAGUAGUUGUAAAGCAUUUCUUCAUAGAGAAGGAAGUUACAUCAACUUUGGUGAUGGAUUCCUUGUAUAGUGGGUUAAAGGCUCUUGAAGGGCAAACUAAGAACAAGAAAGGAAGAGGGAAGUUAUUGGACACUGAAGAAAUCCCAGCUCCUAUUGUACGUGUUGAAAAAGAUACAUUUGUUUUAGUGGAUGAUGUGCUGCUAUUACUUGAGAGGGCUGCUGUGGAACCCUUACCUCCAAAGGAUGAGAAGGGCCCUCAGAAUCGCACAAAGGAUGGGAAUUCAGGGGAUGACUUUAACAAGGAUUCUAUUGAGCGUGAUGAAAGGCGCCUUACAGAAUUGGGCCGUAGGACUGUGGAAAUAUUUGUCCUUGCUCACAUAUUCAACCAUAAGAUUGAAGUUGCCUACCAGGAAGCUGUUGCUUUGAAGAGGCAAGAAGAGUUGAUUCGUGAAGAAGAGGAAGCAUGGAUGGCUGUGAGCGAACAAAAGGCUAAGCGUGGUGCAACUGAAAAGGAAAAGAAAUCUAAGAAAAAACAAGCUAAACAGAAACGCAAUAAUCGUAAGGGGAAGGAAAAAGGGAAGGAAGCCGCAGCAGCAUUAGACAACCACCUGGAAGAGAAUGCUAACAGUGUUUCCCUUGAGGAUGAGGCGCAACCUAUGGACGAGAAGCCUGAUGUGCCAGAAGAUGCCUCUGAUGUUUCUGAUUCAGUCGAUGGUGCUGGUGAACCGCUCCAGCUUGAUUCAGAAGACAGAGACGUUAGUCCUGUAAAUUGGGAUACUGAUACCUCAGAACUUCAUCCGCCCACUGAAGCCAGCAGCAGUGCGGCUAGUGGGUUAUCAUCAGUUGCAAAUGGAGCUGCUGAGAAAAGAGGUGUAUCUGCGAUGGAUGACAGUUCAUCAACAUGCUCAACUGAUUCGGUGCCCUCUGUAGUUACAAAUGGACCCUACAAAGGAAGCUCAUUUUCAAGCUACCAGUGUGAAAAGUCACCUAGCAGGGGGAAAAACCACCGAGGUAAGAUGACAUGUGAUGGGAGUUGGGGUUCUGAAGCAGAUAGUCAGCCCUCUGGUUCUGCAAUAGACUCGGAAGAUCUUAAUGCUGGAACUGGAAGUGGCAAGUCUAAUGAAUGUGUGUCUCAGGCGGCUGCCCGUACUUUGCAUGAUACAACAACUAGAGCUGAGCAGCAUGUCGUUAAAAAGGAGGAGAAAGUUGCAUCACCAUCCAAGAAACCAAGCACCAUGAAAGUUGUUGAGUUGGAAAAGCACUCUAAAGAGAAGACAACAUCAAUACAACCUUCACCAGCUACCCGUUCUAAAAGUCCUGUUCCUGCCAUUCCAGCUAAACCAGAAAAGAAAAUAUCACCUACGGUAGAUACUUCUGCACAAGUCAAGAACAACAUAUCUACACCUUCAUCACAACCGGCAGCUGAGAAAGGACCAGCCGGUGCCCACAGCCAAAAUCCAAGUCCAUUGCUCAGACCUGAACCCCACAAUGCUUCCUCAGCUCCAAAGUUGUCCGAUAAGCCAACACAACAACAGCAAGUCCCUGUUGUUUCAAGGCCCUCAAGUGCUCCUCUGGUUCCUGGACCUAGACCGGCUACUCCUGUAGUAUCCUCAAAGGUUCAAACAAGUCCAUCAAUUUCUCGGUCAGUGAGUGCAACCGGACGUUUGGGUCCGGACCCUACCUUGACCUCACAAAGCUAUAUCCCUCAGUCCUACCGGAAUGCCAUUGUUGGAAACUCUGUUGUCGCAACUUCAACCAGUUACAGUCAUCCCAGCUCACCAAGUUCUGCUAGGAAUUUGUCAACAGCACCCCCACAACAGAACUCAGUGCAAUCUGGUUACCCUCCAUUUGCAAUGAUGGCGUCAAGGGACGUGUUGCAUAACGGACAUCAAUGGAUUGAGAGUUCUUAUCAGAGGGAUUCAAGCAGAGGUAUGCACUAUGACUCUUCUCCUUCGUCAUCCUUGCUUAAUGGAAUUCAGAACCUCGACUUGUACAACCAUGCUCACGGCAACAGCGGGGGAUCCCGAGGGGAUCAGUUCCCUGCAGAGUUGCCGGCCUCCACAUCUGGUCGUCAGCAUCAAGUUGGUGUUUCGACAGAUGAGUUCCCGCAUCUAGAUAUCAUCAACGACUUGCUAGACGACGAGCAUGUUAUUGGGAGGACUGCUGAAGGAUUCCACCCUUUCGGCAACAACGGACCUCACUACUUGAGUAGACAGUCAUCUUUCCCCAGUGAUCUGGGAGCAUCCGGCGGUGGUGAUCUAUGUUCCUCACCCAGCAGCAGUUCAUGCAGAUUUGAGAGGGCAAGGAGUUACCAGGACGGGGUGUUCCAGAGAGGGUACAGUUCUUUCGGAGGGGGGCCGUAUGACUCCAUAAGGGACUACAUCCCACAGGGUAAUAGUCUGUUGCCUUACAGUAAUGGGCAGAUGAUGGAUGGCUUGGUCUCUAACCUGUGGCAUAUGUCGAGUACUGAUCUUUCGCUAGGUGGGACGAGAAAUUCGGAGGGUGAUGGCUCGUCGGCCUACUUCAGCCCCGACUACUCGAAUCUGGCCAGUGGGGUGAAUGGGUAUACAGUGUAUCGGCCGUCGAAUGGACACUGA